CUCGUGUACCUGCGCCACACCUGAGCCGGAGCUCGCGGCUGUGCUGUGCUGUGCUGUGCUGUUCUGCGCAUGCGCAGCUUUUUCUCUCAGCUGCUCCACUGACAUGGCGGAGGAGAGGCGGAGUGAGCAGCGGACUGAGGCUUAUCGAUGACAUUAUCGGGACUUAUCGGGAUCGAACGAGAACCGUAGGGACUCGUAAGGACCGGGAGGAGCCCGCGAGCCGCGGCGGGAUCGUAUUUGGCAGCUCGGAGCCUUUUUUCGGCGCUUGUUUUGGUAAGACUCGUUCUCUACCUGUGUGAAGGCGGUUUAAGUUAGUUUCUCGGUCGCCUCGACUCUGCGGGGACGAAUACGGGCUUGCUUCUGCCGGUAACGUCGAAAAGACGGGAGCAGAAGAUCCGUACAUACAAAAGUUGGUAAAUUUGUUAGCAUUCGGCUAAAGUUGGAGCGGGGCGCGCGGACGUUCGAUGACAGCUCGCUCGCGCACAGCCCGCUCGCGCCUUCGUCCAGUUGUCGUGAACGCGCGCUCUGAAUGACACAGGAGGAGGAGGAGGAGGGGGCAGCAGCGCUACUAGUUAAAGCGUGAAGUUAAUGGAAGCGAAAUAAAGUAGAUAAAGUGGAUAUAAACGGAUUGUGACCCCACCAGGGCUUCCCGUGGAUGGUUAUCGAGGGCGUCUGGCAGUGUAACCGGAGCCAGAGCCGCCGCUGGGGUUGGUGUUUGGGCUGGGGCACCGGCUGAACAGGUGCCUCACCUGUUGGAAAGAGAGAGGGGGAGGGAAAUAGCUAACGCUAGCUUAGCUACACCUGGCUACACUUGACCCACCUGAGUCAUGGCGAGUGAAGACGGGAGCAGCGCGCCGCUCGGCCCCGCCGUCCCCAUCAGGGGCAUCCGGAUGAAAUUCGCCGUGCUGCAGGGCCUGGUGCAGGCUGGAGAAGUCUCGAGCCGGGACAUCGUGGAGACAGUCUUCAACUUGCUGGUUGGAGGUCAGUUUGAUCUGGAGAUGAACUUCAUCAUCCAGGAGACUGAGAGUAUAGAGUGCAUGGUGGAGCUGCUGGAUAAGUGUGAGGUAACAUGUCAGGCGGAGGUGUGGAGUAUCUUCACUGCUGUUCUGAAGAAGAGUGUGAGGAACCUGCAGGCCUGCACGGAUGUGGGGCUAAUCCAGCUGGUCCUGCAGCGCAUAGACAGCACUGACAGCAUGAUCGCAGAUCUGCUGGUUGAUAUGCUGGGGGGUUUGGCGAGCUACAGUAUCACAGUGAAGGAACUGAAGCUGUUCUUCAGUAAGCUGCAGGGAGAGAAAGGCAAAUGGCCCCCACAUGCAGUGAAGCUGCUGUCUGUGCUGAAGUCCAUGGCCAACCGAACCGGACCUGACUCCUUCUUCACUUUCCCUGGCAAGAGUGCUGCGGCCAUCGCCCUGCCACCCAUCGCAAAGUGGCCGUACCAGAGUGGCUUCACCUUCCACACAUGGCUGCGUAUGGACCCCAUCAACAACAUCAAUGUGGACAAAGACAAGCCUUACCUGUACUGUUUCCGCACAAGUAAAGGCCUGGGUUACUCUGCACACUUUGUGGGUGGCUGUCUAAUCGUGACAUCAUUAAAGUCCAAAGGAAAGGGCUUCCAGCACUGCGUCAAAUACGACUUCAAACCACAGAAGUGGUACAUGGUGACCAUCGUUCACAUCUACAAUCGCUGGAAGAACAGUGAGAUUAGCUGCUAUGUUAAUGGAGAACUGGCCUCCUAUGGAGAAAUCACCUGGUUCGUCAACACAAGCGAUACAUUUGAUAAGUGUUUCCUGGGUUCAUCAGAGACGGCGGACGCUAACCGAGUUUUCUGUGGCCAGAUGGGGGCGGUGUAUCUGUUCAGCGAAGCGCUCAGUGCAGCUCAAAUCCUCGCCAUCUAUCAGCUCGGCCCAGGAUACAAGGGCACAUUUAAAUAUAAGGCUGAGAGUGACCUGCUUUUUGCGGAACAUCAUAAAACCCUGCUGUAUGAUGGGAAACUCUCCGGCAGCAUCGCUUUCACCUACAACCCCAGAGCGACAGACGCUCAGCUGUGCCUGGAGUCGUCCCCCAAAGACAACGCUUCCAUCUUUGUUCACUCACCCCAUGCGCUAAUGCUGCAGGAUGUGAAAGCUGUGGUGACUCACUCUGUACAGAGUGCCAUCCACUCUAUCGGAGGAGUGCAGGUACUCUUCCCUCUCUUCACACAACUGGACUUCACUCAGCACAGCAGUGAAGAACUCGACACUUCCGUCUGCUGCACAUUGCUCUCCUUUAUGAUGGAGCUCCUGAAGAACUCUGUGGCGAUGCAGGAGCAGGUGCUGGCCUGUAAGGGCUUCCUGGUUAUCGGUUACUCUCUGGAGAAGUCUUCCAAAGUUCAUGUGACGAGACCGGUGAUGGAGAUCUUCUUGGCCUUUGCACGUUAUCUUAGCAACCUGCCAAAUGGUGUCUUGCUGCUGAAACAGCUGUGUGAUCACAUCCUGUUCAAUCCUGCCAUAUGGAUCCAUGCACCAGCAAAGGUGCAGCUGACCCUUUACACAUACCUGGCCACUGAGUUCAUCAGUACAGUGACCAUCUACAACGCAGUGCGCAGAGUGGGCACGGUGCUGCAGGUCAUGCACACACUCAAAUACUACUACUGGGUGGUAAACCCUCAGGACCGCAGUGGUGUCACACCUAAAGGCCUGGAUGGUCCGAGACCCAACCAGAAGGAAAUCCACUCCCUCCGCGCUUUUCUGCUGCUCUUUGUCAAACAGCUCAUUAUGAAGGAUUAUGGAGUGAAGGAGGAUGAGCUGCAAAGUAUUCUCAACUACCUGCUCACAAUGCAUGAGGAUGACAACCUGAUGGAUGUUCUGCAGCUGCUGGUGGCUCUGAUGUCGGAGCAUCCCAGCUCCAUGGUCCAAGCCUUUGAUCAGCGCAACGGCAUCCGAGUGAUCUACAAACUGCUAGGAUCCAAAAGUGAAGGAAUUCGAGUGCAGUCACUCAAAGUGAUGGGCUACUUUCUGCGCCAUUUACAACCAAAGAGGAAAUCUGAUGUCAUGCUGAGUCACGGCCUGUUCUCACUACUGACCGAACGUCUGGCGCUCCACUCCAGCCAGUUCUCCAUGACCACAUACAACGUCCUGUUUGAGAUUCUUACAGAGCAAAUCUGCACGCAAGUCAUCCACAAACAGCACCCUGACCCCGACUCCACUGUGAAGAUCCAAAACCCACAGAUCCUGAAGGUGAUUGCUGCUCUCCUGAAGAAUGCUCCCGCUGGGCCUGAGACCAUGGAGGUGCGGCGCGUUUUCCUCUCAGACAUGAUCAAACUGUUCAACAACAGCAGAGAGAACAGGAGGAGUCUGCUGCAGUGUUCUGUAUGGCAGGAGUGGAUGCUGUCUCUGUGUUUUAUAAACCCGAAGAACAGUGAGGAGCAGAAGAUUACCGAGAUGGUUUACGCCGUUUUCCGGAUUCUUCUCUAUCACGCCAUCAAGUACGAGUGGGGCGGCUGGCGCGUGUGGGUCGACACACUCUCCAUCACACACUCCAAGGUCACUUUUGAGCAGCACAAAGAGAACCUGUCCCGCAUGUUCCGUGAGUACCAGCGCAUGGGCUCUGAAGGUGAAUCUGGGACCAGAAUCAGAACCAUCUCUGGAACCAGCAGGGAUUCUGAGCUCCAGUUGAGCACCAACGGAGAACUUCCAGCAGAGUCUGCUCCCUCUACAGUCAUUGAGCUGAAUGUGGAGGAAAAGCCUGGACCCAAAAAGGUAGAGGAACCAGAGAGGUCACAAGCUUCCAUCACGGUUUCCAACAUUUUAGCCAGGGCUGAGGAAGAAGAGACAAAGGAGGAUGAGCAGAUAGGAAAGGAGGAGGAGAACAAAGCUGAGCCAGAAGGAACAGCAUAUCGCACAGAAGCUGGAGAUAAAUCAGAGGAACUUGAAAAGUCUGCAGAAAAUGAGAAUAUGGAAUCAGGUGUGGCACAAACCCAGGAUAGUGUAGAAGCUACAGAAGAUGCUGCAAAAGAGAAAAAGGACAGUGAUGAUGACAGAGGUAAGAACGCUGAAGCUGUUAAUGAAGGUAAGACUGAAAGUGGUGACCUUGAGAGCGAAGAAACUGAGGGCAAGGAAGAAAAAAAGGCAAAUAAUGACAAAGAACCUGAACAGGAACCGAGCUCUGAGAAGUUCUCUGAAGAAAAUGAUCAAAGAAAGACUCUAGAACUGUCUGAAUCAGAAGAAAAGCAGGAAGAUGUUCUUUCAACUGGGGACAGUUCUAAUGAAGUGGAAAAGGACCCAUUGGAAACCAGUGCAGCUGGAGUGUCCGCAAUUUACAACGAAGAUCUAGUGGACGUUUCUUCCUCUAGUGAGAUGGUCAAGGCCAGUGAUGACAGCAUGGAGGAAUCUUCCUAUGUCUCAGCUGUGGCUACACCAGCAGAGGAUGAAGAUGGAGAUGAUGAAGAUGAAAAUGAAGACAAGAAAAAGGAGGAGGAGAGGAAGAGUGAGGCUGAAAAAGAGGAGAAAUCAGCAAGUCCUAGCGAAGAUACUGCGGAGAAACAUGAAACAGCAGAAGCUUCAGCAGCUGCGAUGAGUGAGACAAAUUCUGGGCCCAGUAAAGAGGAUGCCGACCAGAGCACAGAGACUGGGUCCAGUGUGGAGGCAGGUGCCUCUGCAGAAGCAUUCCCCAGCGCGGAGGCAGUCCCCAGCACGGAGGCAGUCCCCAGCACGGAGGCAGUCCCCAGCACGGAGGCAGGUACCACUGUGGAGGCAGGCCCAGCCUCAGAGGUGGUACCCAGCAAAGAUGCAGCAGACGCUCAGAAAUCUAGAGCAGAUCAGCCCGAGAACUCCAGCACUAAAACCAAAGACAUGAAGAUUGCAAGACUGGAUGUAUCCAGUGUGGCCAUUGACACAGAGAGGCUGGAGCUGAAGGAGACCACAUCUACGGAUGGUGCUCAGGCCCAGGCAGCGGCGGCCGGACCCUCUGCUCCGGACAAAGAAUCUUCUGCUUCCUCCUCUGCUCGAUCCACCAUGUUCCGCAUCCCAGAAUUCAAGUGGUCUCACAUGCACCAGCGCCUGCUGACCGACCUACUCUUCUCCAUAGAGACGGACGUCCAGAUGUGGAGAAGUCACUCUACUAAGACGGUGAUGGACUUUGUGAACAGCAGUGAGAACGUUGUGUUUGUGCACAACACAGUACACCUGAUCUCCCAGGUUGUGGAUAACCUGAUCAUGGCCUGCGGGGGAAUUCUGCCUCUACUGUCUGCAGCUACCUCAUCCACGCAUGAGUUGGAGAGUAUAGAGCCGUCUCAAGGUUUGGCUGUAGAAUCAUCUCUGGCGUUCCUGCAGCGUUUGAUCAGCCUGGUGGACGUUCUGAUCUUCGCCAGCUCGCUUAGCUUCACAGAGAUCGAGGCUGAGAAGAACAUGUCCUCAGGAGGAGUCCUCAGACAGUGUCUACGACUUGUCUGUGCGAUGGCUGUAAGGAAUUGUCUGGAGUGUCAGCAGCAGCACUCUCACUGUAAAGUCGGAGGAGAGAGCAGCCAGAAAUUGGAGCAAAGCAUUGUGGGACCCUCCAAAUUCAUGCCAGCACAGAGUCCUGUUGACAUGGUGACCGGAGGAGUGUCUCCCAUCCGUGAUGUGGACCGGCUGCUGCAGGAUAUGGACAUUAACCGUCUUCGGGCUGUAGUCUUUAGAGACAUUGAGGACAGUAAGCAGGCUCAGUUUCUGGCCCUGGCUGUGGUUUACUUCAUUUCUGUGCUCAUGGUGUCCAAAUACCGAGAUAUUCUGGAACCACAAAAUGACAAGAGAACCAGCACGCAGCGCACAAACUCUACACGCAGCACAGAGAGCGUAUCUUCAGACCUAGAGAAUGGAGUAUCUGUCCGUCGCAAAGACUCCACUGUCGGAGACGAGCGCGCUGUGUCCCGGAGUGCGCCGGACGCUGUGUCUGAGGCCCUGUCCACCCUGUCCUCAGAGGUCAGGCGAGGUCAGGAGGUUACGGACAAGGACGGCAAGGGAAAGAACGUGAAGGACAUCCUUAGGAGUCUGGUGAGCGCGCCUGCUGAUGACAUCAUGGUGGACCCCAGUUUACUGCCCACCGCAUUCCUGGGCGCUGUGGGAGACGCGGCCCGUGACCAGAGUGUCCAGUUCCGCUCUUUUGACAGGAGUGUUGUUGUGGCACCGAAGAAGGUGGGAGGAGCUCCAUCACCUGCAUCAGUCUCCACCUCUGGCUCUGCUGCCAUCCAAUCAGCUGCCACCGUGUCUGCAGGUGGAACCCCGGUGAACAGUGUGUCUGUGGUGUCCUCAGGUGACUCCGCCCAGCAGGGGGACACUGCUGAAUCAGCUGCAGGCGGAGCAGCAGCAAACCUGCCAUUUGUCCCUGUUCUGUCCCCAACCACCCAUACCACCACCCCCAACAUGAGUAUCUCAGAGCGGUUGGAGCAUGCUCUUGAGAAGGCCGCUCCAUUGCUGAGGGAGAUCUUUGUCGACUUUGCUCCGUUCCUGUCUCGAACUUUGCUGGGGAGCCAUGGCCAGGAGCUACUCAUUGAGGGAACAAGUUUGGUGUGUAUGAAGUCCAGUAGUUCCGUAGUGGAACUUGUCAUGCUGCUCUGUUCCCAGGAAUGGCAGAACUCCAUUCAGAAGAAUGCAGGCUUGGCUUUUAUUGAGCUGGUAAACGAGGGCAGGCUGCUGAGUCAUACAAUGAAGGACCACCUGGUGCGCGUGGCGAAUGAAGCUGAGUUCAUCCUGAGUCGGCAGAGGGCUGAAGAUAUACACAAACAUGCAGAGUUUGAGUCACAGUCUGCUCAAUAUUCUGCUGAUAAACGUGAUGAGGAGAAAAUGUGCGAUCACCUGAUCAGAGCUGCCAAGUACAGAGAUCAUGUGACUGCCACCCAGCUGAUCCAGAAAAUCGUCAACAUCCUUACGGACAAACACGGUGCAUGGGGAAGCUCCUCCUACAGACCUCAGAGCUUUUGGCGUUUGGAUUAUUGGGAAGAUGACUUGAGGAGGCGUCGGCGUUUCAUCAGGAACCAGUUUGGAUCGUCACACUCCGAGGCUACGCUGAAGGCCGCGGCUGAGAACGUUCGUGAUGCUGCAGGUGGAGAGGGGGCGCUGUUGGGAGUUCCGGCUGCCCCUGUGCGAGUUCAGCGUGCUGACUCCGCCUCUCCACAGGAAUUGGAUGAUGACACUCUGUCGGCGCUGGAGGACAAAGAACCUGAACCUGUCACAGGACCCGUUAACCUGAGUACCAGUGCUCAGCUGCUGGCGCCCGGAGUGUGUGUGCGCGGCUCGCUCUCCAUCACCAGCACAGAGCUCUACUUCGAGGUGGAUGAGGAGCAUCCCAGCUUCACACAGAGCGACCCCAAGAUUCUGGCAUAUACGGAGGGUUUGCACGGUAAAUGGUUGUUUACGGAGAUCCGGGCGGUUUUCUCUCGUCGUUAUCUCCUGCAGAACACGGCGCUGGAGAUCUUCCUGGCUAAUAGAACUGCGGUGAUGUUCAACUUUGCGGAUGCAGCGACUGUUAAAAAGGUGGUGCACUGCCUGCCCAGAGUCGGAGUGGGCACUAAUUACGGCCUUCCACAGACCAGGAGGAUUUCUCUGGCCACUCCUAAGCAGCUGUUUAAAGCUUCUUCUAUGACCCAGCGCUGGCAGAGACGAGAAAUCUCCAACUUUGAAUACCUCAUCUUUCUUAACACCAUCUCAGGUCGUACAUUCAAUGACCUGAAUCAGUACCCAGUAUUCCCUUGGGUUAUCACCAACUAUGACACCGAGGAUCUGGACCUCACACUGCCCAGCAACUACAGAGACCUGUCCAAGCCGAUUGGUGCCCUGAACCCCAAGAGAGCCGCCUUCUUCUCAGACCGCUUUGAAUCAUGGGAAGAUGAGCAAGUGCCCAAAUUCCACUAUGGCACACACUACUCCACCGCCAGCUUCACCAUGAUGUGGCUGCUGAGGAUUGAGCCGUUCACAACCUUUUUCCUGAAUUUCCAAGGAGGGAAGUUUGACCACGCUGACCGAACGUUCUCCUCCAUCUCCAGAGCCUGGAGGAACUGCCAGAGGGACACAUCUGACGUGAAGGAGUUGAUUCCAGAGUUUUUCUACCUGCCGGAGAUGUUUGUUAACUCUAAUAACUAUAACCUGGGGGUGAUGGAUGACGGGACCGUGGUGUCGGACGUGGAGCUGCCGCCCUGGGCCAAGAGUCCAGAGGAAUUUGUCCGCAUAAACAGACUGGCUCUGGAGAGUGAGUUUGUAUCGUGUCAGCUGCAUCAGUGGAUUGAUCUGAUAUUUGGAUAUAAGCAGCAGGGUCCUGAGGCAGUGAGGUCACUCAACGUCUUCUACUAUCUCACCUACGAGGGAGCGGUCAACCUCAGCACCAUCACUGAUCCCAUGCUCAGAGAGGCAGUAGAGUCUCAAAUCAGAAGUUUUGGUCAGACUCCAUGCCAGCUGCUGAUUGAGCCCCACUCACCACGAAGCUCUGCCAUGCAGGUGACUCCACUGAUGUUCACGGAUCAGAUGCAGCAGGAUGUAAUCAUGGUGCUGAAGUUCCCCUCUAACUCUCCAGUGGUUCACGUAGCCGCUAACACUCAGCCUGGCCUCAAUAGCCCUGCCAUCAUCACAGUCACUGCCAACCGCCUCUUCGCUGUCAACAAGUGGCACGGCCUGACCGGUCACCAAUCCGCUUCAACCCCAGAGCAACAGUACCAGCUGCCGGUGGAGAUUGACCCUCUGAUAGCGAGUAAUGUAGGCUCUCAUCGUAGGCAGAUCACUGAUCUCCUGGACCAGAGUAUCCAGGUCAGUUCACAGUGUUUCAUCAUAACCUCCGACAACCGCUUCCUCCUGCUCGCCGGCUUCUGGGACAAGAGCUUCCGCGUCUACUCCACCGACACAGGUAAACUAGUGCAGAUCGUGUUCGGUCACCGUGAUGUGGUGACGUGUUUGGCGAGGAGUGAGUCGUAUAUCGGUGGAGACUGCUACGUCCUGUCAGGCUCCAGAGACGCCACCCUGCUGCUGUGGUAUUGGAGCGGAAAACACUGCAGCAUUGGAGACUCCAGCAAUGAAUUUGUGACUCCUCGAGCAAUUCUGACUGGCCAUGAUUGUGAAGUGACAUGUGCGAGUGUGUGUGCGGAGCUGGGAUUGGUUAUCAGCGGCUCCAAAGAGGGUCCGUGUCUGAUCCACUCGAUGAACGGGGAGCUGCUGCGGACUCUGGAGGGUCCUGAGGGGUGUGUGCGGCCCCGGCUUCUGCAGGCCUCCACUGAGGGGCACUGUGUCAUUUACUAUGACCAGGGACACUUCUGCACCUACAGCAUCAACGGCAAACUACUGCAGCACAAAGAGCUGGAGGACAAAAUCAGGGCAAUGCUGCUCAGUAAGGAUGGUCAGUAUCUGCUGUGUGGAGGAGACGGAGGGAUUCUGUCCGUCUGGCAGGUUCAUGACCUCAAACAGCUCUUCUCCUACCCGGGCUGUGACGCAGCUAUCCGCUCCAUGGCCAUCUCCAACGACCAAAGAUGUAUAAUCACUGGAAUGGCAUCCGGCAGCAUCGUCCUCUUCUACAAUGACUUCAAUAGAUGGCAUCACGAGUACCAAACCAGAUAUUGAUUCCUACCUGCACGGUUACAAAGACAACAGAUGGGGGCGCUAUGUGACGCAGCCAUGGCACUAUGAAUACUGAACACUGAAUGUAUUCUGAAUAUUCAAAUAAGCAUAGCUAUUUUUAAAAAGGGCAUUGCUAUAUUUUGUAGAUCUUAUUGAAAUUUCAUAUCAUAAGGAAGGGUUAUGUAUCUAAUGUCUGGGGACUGGGGCGUGAUAAAAAAAAUAAAAAAAUAAAUAAAAAUCUAUUUUUAGCUGUAAAAUCUAUUUUCACCUUGACUCUGAAGCUGAGGAAGGGUCGGGGAGAGGUUGAUAGCUAGAAAAGUAUAUUUAGAUUCUAUUCUGUUGUGUGUGUGUGUGUGUGUAUAGAGAACACAUUUGUGUACUACUGGAUGAGUGUUUUUUUUUUUUUUCUAAUUUCCUAAUGCUGUGACCAAUUCUGAAGGGGUUAUCUGUCAGCAUGAUCUUCAGCAAGUUCUGCUUUCAAGCAAACAGCAAACAUCCUGGGGAGGAAAAAAACAACAGGAAUUGAAAAAAAUUGUUUAAUAGACAUGGCUACACAUAAACCCCUUCAUCAUAGCUGCCUAACCGCACACACACCCACCAUACAUUAGCAUCUGUUUGUCAAGAGAGGUGAAUGUGUGUGUGAACUGCAUAUGCAGUAAUUACCGUCUCCAGGCUCUGCACACUGUUGUGUAUUCAACCAGAGUUUUCUCAGUUGUUAUUAGACUCCUGAAAACUCCUGAGUUUAAGUUAUCUGACUACACAAGUUCACCAACACAUUGACCCGAUCGCUGAUAAACUCCAAUGUUUUGCAGUAAUUGAAUUAUAUACUGCAUGAUAAAUGUAAUUAUUGUGACAGGCUUAACUCUUCACUGUACCGUCACAACACCUAUACUGUUUUAGUAAUAUUCUGUAGCUCAGUUUAACUAUAAUUAUAGUUAAAUAUUAAUAAAGCACUGUAAAACUAAGUCUCAUUAUGGUUCACAACAACUGCUAUGAAAUAAUACAUCAUUAAGCAGAGCCUGGAGAAACUGAUUAGCUGAUAAUCAUUAAUGCCGUCAAUUUAACCCUAUAUUUAUGUGUGUGUGUGUUUAAUUAAGGGCUGAAAUCUUUACAUAGUUAAAAAAGAAAUCAGUGAUGUGGGUUUAAAUGAUCUGGAGAAAGUAAGAUCAUUGUAUGGGUCAGAGGACCGAAUGAUUUACUAAAAUAUUAUUAUUAUCAUAAUUUGUUGUUUUUGCUUUUAUCUUUUGUUGUUUUAAACUUCAAAUCUGUCUCUACCCAACACCAAGGCCUGUUCUGAUGUAUCUGAUUAGUUACGAGGAAUGUUAUGUUGUGCAAAUGACCUCAACCGUCCAGAAAAGUGAAUGAAUACUAACAUAAUGAUUCACUUAAUGUCUCUGCAAUACAUGGGGUUAUGACAAGAAGUUAGUUUUGAACCUCACAGGCAGUGGAAAGAUGUGUCCAAUUCAUUAAAAGAAGUGCUCUGGUUUGAGAAGGUUUUAUUUUAAUCUCUGUCCUCUGUAUCUGUGAUAUAUGGUUGAUUACCAUAUACAGUAAUGUAACAGAAAGCCAAAUAACUCACAGUGAACAAGUACUACAUUUUAGAAUACAUAAGUAAUUCUUAGAAAUGCCUUGAAGUGCUGAAGUCUGGGUUAACCUAUACUUUGCCUUUUGCUAUGUCCCAUGGAAGCAGAAAAAAACACCACUGCACUGGCCUACAGGAUGUGUGUAGGAUGUCCUGCAUUGAAUGAGGGAAUUGUUUUAGCCAGAAUGGCUUGUCUAUUUAUAUGGACAAUUCUAAACAGACACAGCCUGUCAGGAGCCUUCCCGCCCACUGCACUGUUCACUGUGAAUAGUAAAGCUUUCUCUGACAGAUUCCUGGUACACACUUGACACUGUUGAACUUUGGAAAUAGAAUAUCCUAUCCUUGUCAUGAGCAUGCUGACCAGUGUUUCACCUCACUCACAGGAUAACACCUCACAGUUUAACUCAGGGAUUACUUGGGGACGCCCCCACCUUGAUGAUUGGUUUAUAUACUGCUAUGGCAUGACUUUCAGCAUGUCAGAAUUUAUGACCAUAAGAACUUAAAAAAAAAAAAUCAAGUAACAAACUACCACAAAUUGCUCAACUGGAAAAUUAACCUCAUUAACUGUUUUACUGCCUAAUUGUAAUAAUAUAAAAACCUAUUACCAUAAAUGUUUAAUCCUUGUAUUAAACUCCGGUUGACCUCUGUUAUGAGUUUAAAUAAAAAUGAUGUCUGUUCCUCUCAGUUUAGGAAAACAUGGGCACAUCCCAAUUGUGUACUAAUUACUAAUACUUACUAGUUUUUGAGUAUGUAGUAUAGAUAAGUCCUAAUAGGGAAAUUUACUUAAAUACCCAGGUUACAUAAUCAGAACCAGGUGGAUUUUGAGUGUGGUUAAGAUUGACACCAUUAUCCCACAAUAAAAUGCAAAACAGAAAAGGAGUAGUUACUCGCAUACGAAACAAUAUAAAAAAAAAUACUGAAGAACAUCAUAAAUGAACGGCACUACAGCAGAAGUGUCAGUGACGUAUUUUACCCAACAGGUUAGUACAUGAAUAUUUAGUGUAAUAACCUGUUAAAUCUGUAUUAGUGUAUACCUUAUAAUAUUAGUGUUUAGUACACAAUUGGGACACAAUCAUGGUGUAAUCAACCACACUCAUACAGUGGACAGAGAUUAAAGUGAAACCCAUUGCUGCCCUCUUGUGGCCAGCUGCUGUAAACCCUGUUGAAAACAAUAAAAUGUGCACCCUGCCUACAUACGAUGCAUGAUGGAGAUUUCCACUAUGGAGAGAGUCAGGCCUGGGGACUGUUCCACGAAGCGAAGCCUCGCUUGAGUUAGCCACACAAGUCACUUCCAGCUAGUUCUGUUCCACUAACGACGAACAGACUCAACCUGUUCCCAUUCAUUUGAGCCAGACAUUUGAAAACAUCUGAAAGCUCUGCGCACUACACACGCUCCCUCAUCUACUGGAUCGUCUUCAAAUAGGCAUGCCGUGGUCGAUCACUGCCUACAGCCUUCAAUGUUGGCUGCUCUUUUUAUAGCCUAAAUUUAUAUCACCUGUAUGCAAUUUAACUUUUUGCAUCAUUCAUUUAACCAAACAUUUAUUUUAUUUAUAUUGAACAAAUAUGAUUACAUAUAUGGAUGGAAUGAAUGGAUAUCAUUUGUAUAAAAAAUUCUUUGAUUACAAAUAUACUUAAAAGUAACUGCAUUUAAAAGUACCUGGGCAUCAUAAAUGUGAUUAUGGAGUUUAUGCAAAUAUAUCUUUGUGGAAAUGAACUGCGAUUAAACACUAUUUUAUUUUAAACUGGCCUGAAUUUAAGAUUGAACCAAUAAAUUGCAGUGUGCAGACACAUUUCCAAUACAGUGCAAUACUCAAUUAAAUAUAUACAAAUAUUAUAUGAACAGUGGCAGAACCUUAUUCCUUUAUUUUGUUUCCCACCCGCAAUGACAUCACACGGCUCAUCCAAUAGAAGCGCUGCAGCUUAGCUAAGCCUAUGUCUAGCCUUUUUCGUGGAACCGAAAUUUGAGCAAAAUGAGCCAGACUCAUCUUAAAAAGCCAGAUUUACUGAGUUAGCUCGCUUCGUGGAACAGCCCCCCUGGUGUGGAAGUAAAAAAAAAAAAAAGUUUUUUUUUUGUUUGUUUGUUUGUUUGUUUUUUUUUAGCUUUGUUGUUUGACUUCAUGGCAAUCAGAGUGGAGUGUGUGAUGAAUUACAAUAAAGUUUUGUACCUGGAGAUGA